UUGCUGGCAGCGCAGAGAGCUUGUGGCCCUCAUUGUAUCCUGCUCUUCGACGUUGUCCCCUCCUGCGUUUGCACCAUGUCCUUUGUCAGGCUUGCCGUGUGCGUGGCUGGAGUCUAUGCUAUGUUCCUACUAUGGGCAAUCGCUCAGGAGCGACUCUCCGUUCCUUUCCAGACCCUCGACGGCUCGUCCUCCGACAAGUUCAAAUCACCGCUCUUUAUGGGCACUUGUCAGAGUGCCUUGAGCUCAAUAUCCGCCUUAGUUUAUCUCGUCGCCCGGAGAAAUUCCUCCCAGUCCCUCUUUCAACUUCUCGGCCUUGCUCCGUCACCGCCUUCCAAGGCGACCACAAACGGGUCUACUACUAAUGGCCACGCCUCCCCAUCUAAGGAUAAAAAGGCGCAUACUCAUCCGGCAGACACCUCACACAGGAAUAUCCUACUCCUUCGAUACUUUCAAUGCUCUCUUUUCAUCACCUUCGCCGCUCCGUUUGGCUUUGCAGCCCUCUCCCACAUCUCAUACCCUGCCAUGGUCCUCGGCAAAUCCUGCAAACUUGUCCCCGUCAUGCUCAUGAACGUCGUCCUUUACCGUCGCUCUUUCGCCCCCCAUAAAUAUCUCGUUGUUGCUCUUGUGACCACCGGUAUCACCGCUUUCAUGUUCUUCGGCGCCGAUUCAUCGAACUCCAAGCACGGCUCGAAAGCCUCAAGUGGCACCGCGGAUGGGUGGCACAGUCUCAUCGGCAUGAUCUAUUUGUUGAUCAACCUUGCCUUGGAUGGUGCCACGAACUCCACCCAGGACGAGAUAUUUUCCCGGUAUAGAGUGAGCGGUCAGCAGAUGAUGUUAUGGAUCAACCUCUUCUGCACCAUCGUCACUUCCCUCAUUUCCGCCCUCCCGCUCCCAUACAUCCCCGUUCUUCAUCCCUCCGAUUCCGGACAGACGGAGCUCGCGGGCGCAAUCGAUUUCAUCAGGAACCACCCAUCCAUCAUCUCUCCGUUGGCGCAGUUCGCGUUCACGGGCGCAUUGGGACAGCUGUUUAUCUUCGAGACCCUUCAACACUUUGGAUCAUUAACGCUUGUAACUGUGACGCUGACUCGCAAGCUCUUUACGAUGCUUCUUUCCGUCGUCGUCUACAAUCACACACUCACUGCGGGCCAAUGGCUUGGGGCAGCCAUUGUCUUUGCCGGUAUCUCGGUGGAAGCCUGGGUGAAGCGGCGAGAUGUCCACGCAAAACGGGUCCUCCAAGAAAAAGAAAAGGCUAAGCUGAAGUCAUUGUAAAACACGACCCCUGAGCCAUCUCCCACACCCGCCGUGUAGUUCCCCCUGAGCAUAAUUUAUACAAUUAGAGCAUAUUGAUGAUGAGGACUUAUGAUAUACAGAUGGGAGAUAUGGGUGUGCAGAUGUGGAAAGAUAAAGGAACGUUGAGAAAAAAGGACCGUGACCGAUCAUGACUCCAUUGCGUCCGGAUCGUACUCGUUCGCGUUCGGAUCCAUAAGUGGGCGUUUAUCCUGCCUGCAUAUCCGAUGAGACGUCAAUCAGCUCUAAAUACACACAAUAGACAGACCUUGGCUUCUCGGCUUCAUCAUCAUCAUCAUCUUCGCGCUUCCGUCUUGCUAUACCACUAUUCAUGGUGGCCGGACGACUUUGUAUGGCUUGUGUUGCUCUGUAGAUACUCUCGUAUUCCUAUUGUAAUGAUCAGUUUAAUU